AUGCAAGACAUUGCUGGCGAGGGUUGUGGGGAAGUGAAUGAUGGAGUAAUUUUGGUGAUGAUUGGAGGAUUGCCAGCUUGUGGAAAGACGAGUCUGUGUAAGAAAAUUCAAACCUAUUUGGAAGAUAUUCGGAUGGAGUGUAAAUUAUUUUGUUAUGAUGAGGUUUUGAAUGAAGAGUUGGAGGAUGGUGGAUUUACUUCGGAAAAGUGGAAAAAGUCUAGAAAUUUAAUUUAUAAACAAACAAUUAAAACCAUUAAUGAAUUUAAAUGUAUUGUGAAGAGUGGAUGGAAAAUAAUUAUUUUGGAUGAUAAUUUCUAUUAUAAAAGUAUGAGACAUGAAUUUGUGCAAAUUUGUCAAGAAUUUACUAUUGCUCACAUACAAAUAAUUUUGAAAUGCAAUGUGGAAACUUGCAUUGAAAGAGAUGCAAAACGUAGUCAACCAGUUGGAGAAGAUAUUAUUCGAUCUAUGAAUAUAAGGUUUGAAUAUGGAAAAUCUUCAUUCAGUGAUAAUAUCAUUUACAUGGAAUAUGAUACAGAUAAUUUUUCUGAAAUGGAUAGUAUUUCUUCUAAAAUUAUUGAUCUAUUCCCACUAGCCAAACCAUUACAAGAUUUAAACAAAAUGAAACAAGAAAUGAAAGAAGAGAGCCAGAGACAAAACGAACAAUCUUUUAAAAAACAGUUGGAUGAUUCAUUGAGAAAAAAAACAUCACAUUUAAUCCAACAUAAUUUAAUCAAGAAGGAACACGCCAAAAAGCUAUCAGACCUCAAGAAGGAUAUUUUAAAGUCUGUCUCUCAAUGUGAUGACAUAUCAUAUUAUGAACAUUUAUUUGAUGAAAAAGUGAAAGAAUUUCAAUAAUUUACUUUAGUGUGGCUAUUAUGCCUUUAAUAUCCUCUCGCAUCACUUUCUCUUCAUCACUUGGAGGAGGGUAAUCAUUAUCGUUAUACUCACAUCUCAGUAAUAUUCUAUUACAUAGUGAAAGUAUUGACAUGCCAAACACGUAGUAUCCGUGUAACAGUAUUGGAAAGUCAAAGGAAACAUUCUUAACCUCGGAGAAAUCAAUUUCGUUGGUUCCUACAUUAGAUUCAUUUCCUAUUCGGUUAUAUUCUAUUAAGUGAUCAAAUUCAAACAUAGGAUUGAAUUUAGGAGAAUUCCAUACCAGAAUUGGUAUCCCCUUAAUAUACUUGACUGGUUUGGACUGUUGGUAGAUUACAACGAAUCUAGCAGAAAGCAGAUUCCCUUCCUUAGUUUCAAUACUUUGCAGAAAUGUUUUAAUUGCUGGAAAUGGCGCACAGAGUAUUGCCAUGUAAACUAGUAAUUUUAAGCAUUCCCUGUUAAUUGACUUUUCAAAUUUGGAAUCUAAAACUCCUCUAAAUGACCUUAUAUACAUGAUUAAGAAGCUGAUGUCAUUUCUAAAUUGCAAUGAUUUC